AGACGCGCUACCGGCUCCAAUAAUUGCUACUGCAUUCACAUACUUGCAUACUGAUGUGCAUAAUUAGUACAUUUACAAAAUUCUACAUUCGAAUUUUUGACGAACAACGUCAGCGUAUUGCUCGGUGCAAUAUUGGACAAAAUUUCUUUCAAAAUAUUUUACAUACCCACACACCAAACAUUUUUUUCAUUGCUGCAUUGCUCGCUUGGUCAUGUUGAUUGAACCGGGUAUUAAUCAUAAGUUUGGACAAUUAGCCGCCGCAAAUACGAGCAUACCAGCGCACUGGAAAAUGGAACCACCAAGAAUACCAGCCUUAGCGGGUACAGGUGGUGCACCCACCAUACCGCCACCGUGCAAUAUUGGCCUCCCACCAUCUGUGCAAAUACCGGGCGCUGCAAUUUUCGGAGCCGGUGGCUCACCUUCACCCACAACUCUGAAUGCGCUGAUGUCGCAGCAACGUUUACUGGAACUUUCGCGAUUCGGCGGCUUACGCGGUUAUGACAUCGCUCAGCAUAUGCUGUCGCAGCAGGGUGCAGUUUCGAAGCUAUUGGGCUCAUUGCGUCCACCUGGUCUAAUUGGUGGCUCCAAGCCAAAAGUCGCUACACCAACAGUUGUCUCAAAGAUCGAGCAGUACAAGCGCGAGAAUCCGACUAUAUUCGCAUGGGAAAUACGCGAACGGUUGAUAUCGGAAGCCGUUUGCACUAACACAACCGCUCCAUCAGUUUCUUCCAUCAAUCGCAUUUUGCGUAAUCGUGCAGCUGAGCGGGUGGCCAGUGAAUUCGCGCGUACUGCCGCCUACAGUCUUUAUCCGCCACACCCUUAUGGCGGCUUUACCUGGCAUCCCUCUGCAGCGGCUGCGGCGGCGGCGGCGAAUGCACCAACAACUGCUCACUUUUGGCCCACGCAAGCGGCAGGUCCGACGCUUACUACACUACCCCCAUCAGGUGGCGGUGGUGGUACUGGAGGUGCCAGUAAUGUUGGCAGCGCUUCGGCUAGCGGCCUACUGACAACAAAUAACCGUGCAAUAUCCCCCGGAUCGGGCAGUCGGGACACUCUUGAAUCGCCUGAUGACAGUCGGCACGUCGAUUCGGAUUACUUGGACGAUGAUGAUGAGCCAAAAUUUCGUCGCAAUCGCACCACUUUUAGCCCGGAACAAUUGGAAGAGCUGGAGAAGGAGUUCGAUAAAAGUCAUUAUCCAUGUGUGAGCACGCGUGAACGUUUGUCUAGCCGGACGUCGUUGAGUGAGGCGCGUGUGCAAGUUUGGUUUUCCAACAGAAGAGCGAAGUGGCGCCGCCAUCAACGUAUGAAUCUGCUGAAACAGCGCUCCAGCCCCUCCGGCCAUCCUCACAUUCCGCAUUCACAGCCGUCGCCCGAAAGCAACAACAACAACAGCUACAACAACAACAACAACAGCCUCAACCACAGUCACCACAGUCACAGCCAUGCACCGCCAACAACGAUGGGCGUGGCUGCUUCACCGACCUCCAGCUGUCACAGCAACAGCAACGCCUCUACCUGUGCGGCCACCGACCAACCAACACCGCACCACCAUUACACACUUGGCGGCCAAGCAACCGGGACGACAGCAAAUUCCCAAGGGAACGAGUUGGAGCUACGUCCGCUCGCACACCAUUUGGCACAUCAUGCGCCUCACCCCCCACACGUAACGCCGAACAGUACGGCUGCGACAAUGCUGCUGAAUCACUACAGCCAACAGCAGCAACACCAUCACCAACAACAACAGCAACAACAACAUUUAGCCGCCAAGGCGCAUUAUGCGGCGGUGGCCGGCGGUCAGUUACAACACACGACGACGGAUGUGAGUGCGGAGACAGCAGCGGCGGCGCAGCAACAGCAUCCGCAACACUUGGCGGCUACGUUGGCGGCAACCAUAGCGACGUCACAACAGCAACAACAGCAUCAGCAGCAGCAACUCAGCACAUCGCCCACAGCAUCAGCGCCAUUAUCAAUGGGCGGUGAGCAUAGCGCUUUUCGCUCGCUAGUGGGUUCGCCCUCCGCCGCGGCAUUUGCGCACUUGGUGCGGCAAUACGCUGUGGCAGCAACGUUAUCGGCCAAUGCGGCAAACAUGGGCGGCGGUGGGACGGAUGAACUCAAACAGCAGCACCAUCAACAUCAGCAACAACAACAACAGCUGGUUACUGUCGAUGAUUCCUCCGAGGACUCGGAAGAAGAGAUCAAUGUGCAUGACGACUCAGACGAUGAAGUGGAAGUGGUGCGACGAACGACGCGCGUCGGCGCAGUAGAGCAAAAUAACAGCUACAGCGGCGGCAGUAGUAAAAACAAUAGCGGCAACAUAAAUACAGACAAUAAUAAUCAAGGUAGUGAAACGUUAUCGCUAAGCGGCAAAGCGCCACUGCAGCUUACCAAGCAUGACCGUUGAGCGGCCGUUUGCGGCGUACGAGCCAACAGCGGCAUUCUAAUCGCGUGAAGCAGGGCGUUAAGCGCUGCGGAUUGCAUUUCAAGUAAAUUAGACAAACCUGACUCGGGGGUGCGCUUGUGAUUGACACCAGAUCGUAAGUGGAUUGCAGCAGCAAAUAUGCAGAGAGGUAAGUGAACGUAUGUGCGAGCGUACGGGUAUGAAUAGCGCGCUGCCAUGAACGGCUCAGUUUGUAGCGAGUUGUUGCUGCUGGCUGUGCGCUGGGCGCUUAAUUAUGAAAGAAACCAGAAACUUGGCGGGCACAAAAAGAUACUUUGUACUUAGCGCUGCAGUGGAAAAAAUAACAAAAAAAAAAAAUAAAUAAAUACGAAUAUAUUUAUAUUCAAAUAAGCUUGUUCGCUUUGCAAAAUUACAACAAAUACAAUUUUAAACCAAAGUAAUUAACGAAAUCGUACAACACCACAGACGCGCCAACGAGCGCGCGCGUGCUAUUUAACAUAUGCAACAACAACAACAACUGUUGUCACAUAUACAUAAAUCACCGCUAGUUGUUGUUGUUGUGGUUGUCGUUUGCUGAAGAAAAGCAUAUUUUAGAUUAGGUAAUAAAAAUAUUGUAAAAUAAGUAAGUUUAUUAAAAAAUGCAAUACAAAAUAAAUACGAAUCGAUGCCGUUGCUUGCGCGUAUUGCUAAUUACAACACAUUAAAAAUACCGAAACAGAGAAAAACGUAAAAUAUGUUGCAAAAUAUCUUAGCCUACAUAAAUUGCUUAAUAUACAAAAUAAAUAUGUCUUUGUAAAUAGUAAUACUUUUGUCCUACUACUCACUCCAUUCCCACUUAAGGUCACAAAUUCUAACCUCAAAAUCAAUAAUUAGCAAAAAAUAUUAACAUAUAUGAAAUAUAUGUGUCUGUAAAUGUAACAUACAUAUGUAUGUGUUUUUCGGCAUUAUUAACAGUGGAUUUUUUAAAAACUAUAUUUUGACUUAGCGCUUUCUACCGGUAAAUAUAAGAAUUUUUGUGUUUUUUGAGGUUAUUUUUUUACUUGGCAGCCGGUUUACGCUCACAUCUUUUGAAAUUUA